UGCACGAUGUUGUGCAGGCUGUUGGCUGAUUGGGGUUAAUUCAAACGAUUAAAUGUGAAAUUUCUUGUUAGGCCAUAUUUGUCUAAACAUUUCUUCACGUUUUUAGCUAUCGGUUGCGAAAAACAAUUGCGGGUCUGUCUUCGUCGAAGCAGAUCGACCCGAACUUCAAGGACUUCCGCUACGUCGUGGACUGUCAUAGGAGUACACUACAGUUCAUCGAUUACACAUUAUCGAAUUACAUACUACAUUAUAUUCCGCCAUGUUCUGUGAUUGUAGUUUCUUUCUCUAUGUGUUUGCAUCGACUUGCAAAUGCUAUAGCAAGUGCGAAUGAUCAAACAGAAAUCUUCAUCUGUAGCAUAUUCGUUAUCUGUCAUAUCGUGAUCUUGUACAUAUGUCACUAUUCUGGACAAAUUAUAAUAGAUCGUAGUCUGAACUUAUUCAAGGAAUCGUAUAAUUCUACAUGGUACUGCAUGCCUAUAAAAGCGCAGAAGUUGUUACUGUUUAUCAUGUUAAGAAGUUCGACGGAAAGUGUGAUAAACCUUUUCGGAUUUUUCGUUGCUUCUCAUGUCGGUUUUUCGAAGAUGCUGAAUACGUCCGUCUCAUACUUUACUAUGAUAUACUCUUUUCAGUAG